AAACAUCACAUGCGAAGAUGUGAAAGAAAGCCGUGGUGGGUGCUUUUUGUUUUUAAACAAUGGCAUUGGGAGAAUGAAGGAACAUUAGCGAAAGAUAUUUAACAUUUUCACCACGAGCCACUUUUCCAAUCCAAAUGGUGACACCCCACCUCCUGACUUCUUUUCCCCACAAUUACAGAUGUACAUGGGGGAAAUAAUUGGGGGGGGGGGAAUCAGGAAUCCCACUAGGGGAAGAGCAGGGCAAUAUGCUGUAGGUAUGCCCACUGGAUAAAGAUCUACAGACCUAUGCAUAGCUGCCAAGUUAUCCCUUAUUUUAAGGGAUUUUCCCUUAUGCUGAAUAGGCUUCCUCGCGAGAAAAAGGAAAACUUGGCAGCUAUGGACCUAUGCAGCUAAACACUCCUCCCUGUUCUCUUGCAUCUCUGCUCAGAAUCAUGCCCUCUCAAGGUCACUGACAAAAUGUUUAAGUCUGAGGUUUUCUGAACCUUGCCGAGGUAAAUAGGCCCAGCUGAUUGGCACUGGGAACAGCUGAGGAGCAAGCCAAUCACUGCAGUCCUUGGCUGCACCCAGCACCAAUCACCUGAGGAAAGGGAACAGGUGAACAGUGGUGUUGCAGUAAUCCCACCCCCUGCCUCCCCCCCCCAUCGGCUACCUCAUUGGUGCAAGGAGCAGCUGAUGAGUGUGCACACCGAUUUUUGAUCAAGUGUUGAUCAGUGAUCAGUACCAAAGACCUGGGGAGGGGGACUGUGGGCCACAUGGAAGUCAGCCAAGGGCCACAUAAGGUACACGGGUUGCCCUUAUGUGAUACAGGGCCACUCCCCAGCCAAUCAGAAGGAUGGGCUGGGAGCCAAUCUGGGAGCCGAGAUGCUUUAUGACUGGGACUAUGACCUCUGCUUCUCGUCCUGUGGAAGCUGGUCCAUACCAGACAGCAGCCACCUUACAUUUUGCUCUGUGAGUUUUUUCUCCUUAUCAGGCAAUCAGUCACCCACAAGGAUGUUUGCUUUCAGCUUCUCCUUGAAUGCUUCUGCUAUUGAUGAUAAAUAAAGAUUUUGUUUGAAAUGAAGACAGAAGCCAUUGAGUGCGAGCUGUUUCUGUUUACAGUUGGUUAAAAGCAGCUCUUUGGGUUAUUGGUAUGUAUGUGUGUGAGAGAGAACGGAUGAAUGUGAGUGGUAUAAAGGACUACUUAACACUGUUUCAGUGUAGGCAGUUGCCCGACUCCAUCACUCUCAACAUCAUAAUUUUUUUUAAAGCACCAUCAGUGUGCAGAUGGUGGUUUGCAGUGUGGACAUGACCCAAAAUGCAGCGGCUGCCACAACAAACUGAGAAAUACUUUUUGAACAAUGGAAAUAAGGGUUGUGGAGGGAUGGUGGAUGUAAUAGAUAUGUCCAAACGCAGUUACACAAAGUGAAGUUUCAGUUCAGGAUGAAGACUAAGGGGGAUAAAUCAAAGAUCUAAGGAGUUUUGAGGCAGGAUUUGAAGUGGGAGGGAGGUAGUGGUUUGGAAAGGAGCUCAAGACCAGACAACAGGGGCAGCAAAAGAUGAUGGUUGGAUGUGUUUAAGGCAGUAGGUGGUAUCCGUCCACUAACGCAAGGAUUCCAGCUUGCUCAAUGCAAGAUCCCCUACUUCUCCUCCAAAGGCACUCAAUGACUAGUAAAUGCUAGGCACUUGUUUCUAACUUUUGUAAGAUUAAAUAUUAUUGAAUUUUAAUUAAUUUUAUGUUGUCUAUAAUUUGAUUCUAGCUGCUAUGCAAUUAUUUACACACACACACACACACACACACACACACACACACACACACACGGACAGCCUUUGGCUCCCUUGCCACAACAUUUCUUGCUACACACUUGAGUGAAGCCUACCUCCCUAGAAGUCCUGCUCAGUUCCCUCCCCACAACUGAGCUUUCUGAGAAGUUGUUGGACAUCAUCCAGGCACUUUCAAGCCAUACUUUGUCAUUUUAAGGACCAGAGACUUGCAGAAGGAAGGCAAGGAAGGAAGGAAGGAAGGAAGGAAGGAAGGAAGGAAGGAAGGAAGGAAGGAAGGAAGGAAGGAAGCUGAGGUUCUCGGGGAUCUCAAUUCUGCACCCCGUAUGCAAAUUUCUAUGCUCAUGCAGUGCAAUCUCCAAAGUUUGGAACAGUCACAGUUUCUGCACAGCAACAGUUAAAGAAGAUGGGAACCCUAUAAGGGACAGGGGAUAAAUUCAGUUCACACUGAAAGGCUAACAUACCUAACUGGCAUUUCCCAAAGCGAACAGAAACCCAGCCACCCUUGAAAACUCGCCCUUCUCUGAAUUUUGCAAUGCUGUUCUCCAGCCCAGUAAUGUGUACAGAUGAAUAUAUCAGUGAAAAUAACACGCAAAAAAUGAUUUAUACUAGUGAAGGUUGCGUGCAAAAAUGUGUAUAUUAGGAGAAAUGCACACUAAAAUACUGGUGAAUUUUCAUGAAUACUUUUUUUUAAAAAAAUCGCAAAGUGAUGUGGGAAUGUGAAGAACUGAAUUUAAGCUGGGAAAAAUAGAUUCACCCACCCCUAGAUGCUGUGCUGAAUUCUACUGCACCACACUCUCCCAUUUGCCUGCUUUUAUUCUUUCUAUUUUAACCUGCAUCUUACUAUUACUUGCUUUAUCUUAUUGCUCAGUGCGCUCUGCUGUAGCUCUGCUCCUUUUAUAUACCAAGACCUUACCCAGCAGGUGAUUAAUAAAGUGCCCUGGCUUAACAGUGAACUUGAAGAGCUUGUCAUGGCUCGGUAAUGAAGCACUUCUUACGGCUUAACCUCUUGAAAGCCUCCAGACUGGUCCCCUCACCUAGAUAGGAGCCCAAGGCCCCCUUUAUUUACUGUCAGCAAAGUUAGAGUGGCUUUCAAUUUACUAUGAACACAAAAACCACUUGUGACAGGAAUUUGAGGGUGGGGCCCAGGUGUCCUGCUCUGUUGCCAAAAGGGGGGUUUAUAGAGCCAAAACUCCAGGAGUUCUUUUCUUUCGGAUGCCGGACGGUGGACUGUGCCUGCUUUUAGGGUGGCUCCUCACCUGAGGAGGCACUUGGAAGGGGGGAGGCUGCCCCACCACCCACCUAUCGCAGAAACACACAUGAGGCAUUUGUAGAACUUCAUGAACUGGUCAUGGACAGGAACAACGAGCUUCGCUGGAUGGAGGCUUCUCACUGGAUCAACCUGGAAGAGGAUUUUGAGGAGAUGGGGCACUGGGGAAGACCACACAUCUCCUAUUUGAAUUUCCAGAGCCUUCUGGAGGUGCGCAGGGCUUUCAGCAAAGGAACUAUUCUUUUAGACCUACAAGAGAAGAGCCUAGCUGGGAUUGCCAAUCAGAUGCUUGAUGAAAUGAUCCAUGAAGGGAAGAUCAAGCCGGAUGACCGAGAGUUAGUCUUAAGGACUCUCCUGCUUCAGCACAGUCACCCUGAUGAGUCUGCUUCAGUGGGGGCUCUUCUGCCUGGGCGGCUGGACAGAACUGAUGCCCAGGACUCAGGACAGCCACUUCUGCAUGAACAUCACCAGAUUGAGAUGAAGACCUUACCUGCUGACUCAGAGCAGGAAGGCUCAAGCGGUGGCAUUAAGAAGCCACUGGCAGAUAAGAUCCCAUGUGAUGCAGAAGCGACACUGGUACUGGUCGGCCGGGCCAGCAUCGUGGACCAUCCCACUCUAGCCUUUGUGCGCUUGAAGGAUGCUGCAGAACUGGACCACGUUCUGGAGGUUCCUGUGCCUGUCCGGUUCCUUUUUGUGGUUCUGGGCCCAGAUUCCCCUCACGCCAACUACUACCAUGAGAUUGGGAGAGCCAUCUCAACAAUGAUGUCCGAAAGGGUGUUCCGCCUUGACUCCUACAUGGCAGGAAGUAGGCAAGACUUGGUGAAGAGCCUGGAUGCAUACCUGGACUGUUGCAUUGUCGUCCCGCCCUCUCAUAUCCAAAGUGAAACGCUCCUUAAGUCGUUGUUCCCAGUGCAGAAGGAGCUCCUGCGAAAAAGGUAUCGGCCAGAGGAGAGGACAGAGCUCACCAAACAGCUUGAGCAAGAAUUGCAGGACCAAGCCUUCAAGACCCCAGAAAAGGAUGAUGAUGACCCCUUGCACAGGACUGGCAGGCCUUUCGGAGGGCUGGUGAGGGACAUAAAACGCCGGUAUCCCAAGUACCUCAGUGACAUCACAGACGCUCUCAAUGCUCAGUCUCUGGCUGCCGUCAUCUUUAUCUACUUCGCUGCCCUUUCUCCUGCCAUUACCUUUGGAGGCCUUCUGGGUGAGAAGACUGAAAAGCAGAUGGGAGUAUCUGAGCUUCUGAUCUCCACGGCAGUCCAGGGCGUCAUCUUCUGUUUGCUUGGAGCCCAACCUUUGCUUGUGAUUGGCUUUUCUGGCCCCCUUCUGGUCUUUGAAGAAGCCUAUUAUGGGUUUUGUAAAACUUUAGCGAUCGAGUACCAUCCGGGGAGAGUCUGGAUCGGCUUGUGGCUUAUAAUACUGGUAUUGCUGGUGGUGGCUUUUGAGGGCAGCUUCCUGGUACGUUACAUCUCCCGCUACACCCAGGAGAUCUUCUCCUUCCUCAUCUCCCUCAUCUUCAUCUACGAGACGUUCUUCAAACUCUACAAGAUUUUUGAGAAAUUCCCUCUGCAGCCAAACUAUAACGCCACCGUUCUAAAUGGGGAUCCAGAGUACCCUGUACCCAACACAGCCCUGCUUGCCCUUAUCCUCAUGGCAGGAACAUUUUUCAUCGCCUUUUUCUUGCGCCAAUUCAAGAACAGCAGUUUCUUUCCUGGCAAGAUCCGCCGUGUGAUUGGUGACUUUGGUGUCCCUAUUGCCAUCUUCCUCAUGGCAUUGGUAGACUACUUUAUUGAAACCACCUAUAGUCAGAAACUGAAAGUCCCCAAAGGCCUUGAUACCACCCAUCCAUCAAGAAGCUGGUUUGUUCAUCCACUUGGAGAAGAUGGGCAGUUUCCCUGGUGGAUGGCGCUCGCUUCCAUUGUGCCAGCCCUCUUGGUCUUCAUCCUCAUCUUCUUGGAGUCACAGAUCACCACGCUGAUUGUGAGCAAACCUGAAAGGAAGCUGGUGAAGGGUUCAGGUUUCCAUCUAGACCUGCUUCUAAUUGUUGGCUUGGGGGGUAUCGCACCCCUUUUCGGUGCACCUUGGCUCAGUGCCACCACAGUGAGGACUGUCACACAUGCUAAUGCCCUGACGGUGAUGUCCAAGACUACAGUCCCAGGGGAGAAGGCCUACGUCCAGGAAGUCAAGGAGCAAAGGAUCACUGGCUUGCUGGUGGCCAUUCUUGUAGGCCUUUCCAUCUUCAUGGAGCCCAUCCUGAAGCUCAUUCCACUUUCCGUGCUCUUCGGCAUCUUCCUGUACAUGGGGGUGACAUCCCUAAAUGGGAUCCAGCUUUACGACCGAAUCCUUCUCAUGCUGAAGCCGCCCAAAUACUACCCGGAUGUGCCUUAUGUUAGAAAAGUAAAGCCUUUGCGGAUGCACCUCUUUACCUUCACCCAGAUUUUGUGCCUGGUCUUGCUGUGGGCAGUGAAAUCCACCCCAGCCUCCCUCGCCUUGCCUUUCCUCCUCAUCCUGACAGUGCCUGUGAGACGCUUCCUACUGCCAGUUUUCUUCAGCAAUGUUGAACUCAAAUAUUUGGAUGCUGAUGAUGCUGAAGUGGAUUUUGAUGAGACGGAAGGCCGGGAUGUUUAUGAUGAAGUUCAGAUGCCUCUUUGAGCACACAGUGUGCUGCAUCCUUAUGACAGAUAAGGAAUCAAGAGCCCUUCUCCAAAACACCAGGCAAAAUAUCCCAAACAAAACCAGAAUCUGGAGAACGUUUCCCCCUUAUGUAUGUUUAUCAGUAUACAAAAGUGGCAUACUGGUAAAUAGAUGUAAAUAACAUGUUUGACAAAACAUGGAUUCUGUAGGAUUUAAAUAGCUAGCAUACGCUUUAGAUAUUUUUCGACCAGCCACUGUAGUUCUGUAGUGAAAUCUUAACAAAGAUUUAGAAAAUAGAUCCCCCCCCCAGAAGGUAUGGGGGGCGGGUGGGAAUCAAAGCUAUGCAAGAAUUGUGAGGAGAUGGGACUCCACUUUUUAUACUACCUGUCACCCCACUGCUUCUUGUGUGUGUGUGUGUGUGCAUGUGUUUGCACACAAGUGUGUAUGCAUGUGUGUAAGGCAUGAUCAGUUGCGUGCAGAAAGCCCCACCCACAGCCUUCCCAAGGCAGGAAGUACUUCUGUCACUGACAUCGAUAUGAAGUUUUGGAAAGAAAUGCUGAAAAUCCAACUUAAACAGCUAAUGUCAGAAUGGACCAAGAUGCAGAAAAUGAAGCUGGGAAGAAGUGACAUGUUUUUUCAUGAAUGUGCCAACAGCAGCUCUGCUUAAUGAUUUAUGGCUAAUCUCAUACAUUGCUUUAUGGGGUUCCCUAUCCCCCACCCUCCUCCCCAAAGCUGUGUGCUAGGUGCUGUUUCUCUUCAAGCAGCCAGCAGCUUUAAAUCAAGGUAUAUGUCCUCACUGACCUUCACCUGGCUCCUACAUGCUGCCACCACCACCAAGUCAAAUAGCUAAUGAUAAGAUCUCAGGCAAGUAGCUUCCUCCUCCUCCUCCUGAUUCUACCUCACGCGGCUAGCAUUUCUGUUGAAAUGCGCCAGACCCUUUUGCACUGGUCUGAUGCACAACCUCAUCAUCUCCCCUCGAAUAUACGAAUCACCCCAUGCUAUCCUUCAAUAUAUUUAGGAUAAUUUUUUAAAAACUUCACUUGUUGUGACAAACAGGAAUCCAGAGCUGGCAGUGAUUGUUCUGGCAUAAAUCGUGUUUUUAGUGGUUACUUCCUCAAAAGAGAGUGACCAGACAAAUAUGGUACCCACGUUUGUUUGUUUUUUAAUGGGCAGCCUGACGUUUCUAAAUCCCAGCCAUGCGUGCUGAUUCACUGCAAGCAAAAAGCUGUCGCAAUAUGCCCAGCGGUGCUCUGCCCGUCGUUAUUUUGCAUAAACCAGGACUGAACCCUGGCUCAAAUUAAGGGUUGGUUAGCAUGAAUUCAAUUAACAACAGGAUUAGGGGAAACAAACGGUAGCAUUUCUUCUUCUAUUGCAUAACCAAUUUAUGGAACUAAUUGCCACAAGUUGUAGUGAUGGACGCUAGCUCUGGUGAUGUUGUUGUUGUUGUUAAAAAAAGGAUUUGAUGAUUCAAGGACAAUCAGUGGAUGUUCGGCACGACAACUCAGGAGAACCUCCAUCUUCGGAGGCAAUAUACCAAUAGCAUACCACUAGAUAAUGAGGGCAAACUACAAGGGAGGACAAUUUGUAGCAUGCCUUGUGAGUUUCCCAGAAGCAGCCAACUGGCUACUGUUAAGAAGGCAAAAAAAUUAGAUGAACCAUUGGUUUGGGUUUCCGUCUUUAUGCAGCCUCAGGGGGAACAAAACAAGAAACACAUUCCAGUUUUUAAUCUGAGCAAAAUGGUAAAUUGAACAGACUGAAUAAUUAAUGUUGUGUGGCUGUGUGUGUGUGUGCGUGCAUGUGUGUGUGUGUGUGUGUGUGUGGAGAAGGGGGAUCUUGAGACUAGACCCCUCUUUCCUGACAGAAUUAACCACACCAGCUUGUGUCGGCUGAAGUUUGACAUUUCCACGUUACAUUAAUUAAAGACAUAAACUCUAAGGGCCAUGUAAUUGUAUCCUGAAGCCACACUGCUAUAAUUAGGGUUGCCAUUUGGAGGGGGAGGGGGGGUAGUCUAGCAGGUUCCCUUUGCCUUUAACAGCUGCAUGACAGGCAGAAAAUCAACAGAUGGAUCAUUUUUUCCAGCAUGGCAUUGCAGUGAUACGGCAAGUUUUAUUGGCAGAUUUAAAAAAAAUAAUUAAUUAAAAAUUGCCACUUAUCUAGGUGUUAAAGGCACAGGAGUCCUCUCAGGAAGAAAGUUGGCAUCUCUAGUUGUUGUACACAUUUUAAGUUGGUGAUAAUGAGCUUAUGUAAUUUAUUAAAAUUCAUUUUUAAUAGCUUUUUGCUUUGCUAGGUUAAAAAAAAAUACAAUGCAGGAUUUCACCUGCGCUUUGCAUGCAAUUGUGUGCUGCAUUUCCUUUAUGUUCUUUUUCUCCAACUGACUUUGGAUAUGAUUGAUUCAGCCAAUUGUAUUACAAUUGUUUUCUUGAUUUUAAUGACAAUUAACCAAAGCAAUAAACCUUUUUUUUAAAGAAAAGCA